GCCUACCUACGAUGCUGCCCUGAAUCCACGAUCUCAGUCACCGCCAGAGCCACGUCACUCAUUCUCCUGCUCGCUCGUGCAGAAUGUCGUAUUCUCGAGGAAGAUCGCCAUCCCUAGUCGACCUCAAUCUAGCGCUGCUGGUGCCCACGUCCGCACUGCUGCAUGUCUACCUCUCUCCCUACACAAAGGUCGAGGAGAGCUUCAACAUUCAAGCUCUCCACGACUGGCUCUUCUUGGGGCCUAGUCGGAUAGGCGAGUUUGAUCACAUCACCUUCCCCGGCCCGGUACCCCGUUCCUUCAUCCCCUCUAUCAUCCUAUCCGCCCUAUCAUAUCCCUUUCUGCUCAUCCUCAGGGUCUCUGGGCAACUUCAGACCUCUGCCGAUGUCCAAUUCUACCUUCGGUGCAGUCUAGCUCUCCUCUGGUCAUUCGCGCUCCUCUUCUUCAUCCACCGCAUCGUUCCCCGAAUCAAGAUUCCCCUUCUGAGGGAGGAGGCUCAAGCAACACAUGUGAGAUUAUGGGCUCAGCGGACUCUAGUGGUCAUGUCCGCCUGCCAGUUCCAUCUAGCCUUUUGGGCUGGAAGGACGAUACCCAAUGGACUGGCCAUGCCGGGAGUCAUCGUAGCUCUCGCGCUGCUCUUGCCGAGAGGACUAGCGUAUGAGCGCGCUCAGCUCUCAGGGUUGGCCCUGCUCAUCUUCCAUGCCGGCAUCUAUCGUCUCGAGUUGGCAUGCUUGCUUGGAGGGUGCGGUCUCUACCUGCUGCAUUCCCGAGUGCAUGUAUGGAGGGAAGAUACAGAUCCACAUCCUGUAGAAAGCUUCGGCAAGAUCGCUGCUGUCACUCAAGCUAUCGUCACGAUCAGCGCAGUGCUCACUACUGGGCUGGAUACUGUCAUCUGGAGGUCGCCCAAGUGGAUGGUACCUGAGUUUGUCGCUGCGCAAUUCAACGUGGUGGAGGGCAAGAGUGCAGAGUGGGGAACGUCACCAUGGCAUGCCUACUUUACGUCUUCUCUCCCGAAACUACUCUCCUUUGCCUUGCCCAUGACGGCGGUAGGAUCCUUCAUGAUCCUGCUGGCUGUUUUCAAGCCGGAUAAGCAACUCAAGCCGAAGCGUCCACCCCGCGGUGUAUUCUCAAGGAUUGAUCAAGUGAAGUUCAGGGAACUGUCAGGCUCCAUCCCUCUAGCGGUCUUUCUCGUGCUUCCUGCCCUUCACGUGGCUCUCCUCUCGGGUCUCGGUCACAAGGAGUGGAGAUUCGUGGCAUACAUCGUACCGCUGUUGAAUGUGUUGGCCGCUGUGGGCGCCUCAGCCUUCCUCUCUCCAUCGAGCUUUCGGGGACUCAACAGACUUCCAAAGCUGAUCAAGAAAGUACUGCCGCUCGUACCCCUGGUCCUCCUUGCCUUGACCGUCGGCACCACCACGGUCUCGACUCUGGCCAGUCGAGUCAACUACCCAGGUGGGGUAGCCUUGGCGAGACUUCACGCUUAUGAGAGCAAUGCUGUCGAUCGAGUCCACAAUGUUCACGUCGACGUGCUUCCAGCGAUGACAGGCGUCACACUCUUCCAGUCCAUCCACCUCGCAAGGCCAGCGAGCCCUCCCCUCAACCUGCCCUCUCUCCUCCCCAAAGAAGCUUCAUCCGGAGCCUGGAUCUACGACAAGACAGAAGACUUACCCCUCACUCGCGGAGCCUGGGCCGGCUACACGCACCUGCUAUCUAUCUAUCCCGAGUGCCAACUCCCCCUCAGGGACGAGAAUGACUCACCGAUCGAAGACCUUUUCGAGCCGAUCUCUACUCUAGACACGAGCGCCGUAGAGUUCGCAGGGAUCUACUUGGGUCGAACACCUCAAUCGCCCACGGCAGGCAAGGCGCCAGGCCUGGAGUGGCUCGAUGUCACUCUACCACUGGGACUGGGAUCUGUGCGCUCCUUUGAGACACAAGGCAGUGAGGACUGGGUACGGAUCAAGGGCGUGAGCUUUCGCUUGGGUCGUAGCGGCAGUAGAGGCGUCAGUGUAGGACUUAAGCUGAGAGAAGGGGUAUGGAUUUGUCAGAGGAAGACAGGCGUGGUGUAAAGAGGGGCACACUCAAGAAAAUCAAUGGCAGACAGAUGCUUGCACAUGAUGCGAUUCUAUGCCUAGAGCGAAACAUACAUUUGGGCUUGUACUACGGUUCGGGACAGAACAGUGAAGAGACGCAGCUCAGAGCUACAAGCUCAACAGAUCCACCCUGCAUCUCUCCCAAAGCGCACUUUCCCUGGGCUGAUCUCCCUCUUCGACGAGCUCCUCCAGCGUCCUCUUCUCAACGGGCCUCACCGUCAACUUAGCAACGUUGAUCGCUCCAGCUCCAGCUCCAGCUCCAGCUCCAGCUCCAGCUCCAGCUCCAGCUCCAGGUCCAACA